UCAUCAUACAAGUUAGCAUGGUGCUAGUCAGUUUAUCGAACUGUAUCUAAUACUAUUUUAUUGUUUCACAAAAAGUUAUUACCACGUAUUGGUGAAGGUCUGUACAUAUUAUAAUAAGCUCAUGAAAUUGUUGAUCUCGGUUGAGACUGUGGAACAUUGCAGGAUAGCGAACUAUUGGUUAGCUUGUUAGCGAACACUUGUGACAGCACAGCGCUGUCAUAAUGGGGACAAGUAUAUUGCUGGUGAAUAAACCUGUUGACGUUCUCCAAAAGAAGAUGGAGCUACAGGCGGUAUUGAUGGCUGCUGGUGGUGGUUCUCGUAUGAUGGACCUGACCUACAACACCCGCAAACCUCUGCUACCUGUAGGGAACAAGCCCCUCAUCUGGUACCCCAUCAACCUGCUGGAGAGAGUGGGGUUUGAAGAGGUAAUUGUGAUCACAACCAAAGAGGUGCAGAAGAUGAUCAGCACAGACCCCAAGAUGAAGCUGGAUGUGAAGAUGAAGUUAGACAUAGUGUGUAUCCAGGAGGAUGCUCACAUGGGCACCGCAGACGCCCUCAGACACAUUCAACAGAAAAUCAAGACGGACAUUUUGGUGGUGAGCUGUGACCUGAUAACGGACGCUGCUCUCCACGAGGUGGUUGACCUGUUCCGGGCUCACAAUGCCACCCUCUCAAUGCUGAUGAGCAAAGCCCACGAGUUCACGGAGACUGUCCCUGGACAGAAGGGCAAGAAAAAAACAGGGGAGCAGAGGGACUUUGUUGGGGUGGACGGAACAGGGAAGAGGCUCCUCUUUAUGGCCAACGAGGCCGACCUGGACAAAGGUCUAGUCAUCAGGAAGUCCAACAUGAGAAAACAUCCAAGGAUGCACAUCAAAACUGGCCUUGUGGACGCCCACCUGUACUGCCUGAAGAAGUCUGUGGUUGACUUCCUGGCUGAUAACAGAUCUGUCUCUUCGAUUCGGGGAGAGUUAGUCCCGUAUAUCGUCCGCAAACAGUUCUCUAAAUCCAUGACCUCUCCGAAUGUCAACGAUGAAGCUGAUCAAAAGCUUAAGAAAAAGGAUGGCAAUGCAAACGUAGAGAUUAAGAUCUUGUCCAGGGAUGAGGCGCUGCUGCAGCUAACCCGGGAGAGGUCCUGUUGGAAUGACCAUCGUGGGGACAUGAGUGAGGCCUACCACGGAGGACGCCUGCGCUGCUACGUGCACAUCAUGGACGAGGGCAUGUGUUACCGCGUCAACAUGCUAGCGGCCUACAUCGAAGCCAAUCGCCUGGCCCCGAAGCUGUUUGAUGAGCCUGCAGUCCAUCCAUCAGCAGCGAUAUCUGUGCGCUGUCUGAUUGGUGCUGACAGCAUAAUAGGAGCAUCCUGUCAAAUCUCAGACAAGGCAUCCAUCAAGAGAUCAAUGAUCGGCGCGUCCACCACCGUCAGAGAGAAGGUCAAAGUAACCAACUCCAUCAUCAUGCACGGAGUCACCAUCGAGGAGGGGUGUAACAUCCAGGGCAGUGUGAUCUGCAGUAACACUGUGAUCGGCCGAGGUGCAGACAUCAAAUAUUGCCUGGUAGGGAGUGCCCAGCGCAUAGAGCCAGAGGGUGAGCAUACUACUGCAUACUACUGCCUCACCUUGCCAUCACACACUCAAGUCCCACUCACCUCCACUUUAUCCGGCAACAGUAGGGUUGCAAAAAUCCAGUAACCCAAAAUUCCUAGGUUUUCCAGAAAUACUGUUUGUAAGAUUCCUGGAAUAAGGACAUAGAGAAUACAUAGGAAAUCUGGGAAACUUCCCAACUGGGAUUUCUGAAAAAUCUGGGAAUUUGGGGAAAGGUACCUGACUUUUGCAACCCUAAGAAGAAGGAAAUAACACGGUACUAGCCAAAGUAGCAUGUGUGAACUUGUGUGGGUCAGUGUUUUAUGUGACUGUGAUGCGUUUUAUUCUACGCUUUCUUAGAUCGCAUUAAAACUGAACCCUCUGUGUAUAAUUGAGCUUUUACUUUUUUUAUAUUCCUAAUCCCCUUGUUCAUACUCCCUAGAUGGAGCUGGAGGGGGGGGGGGUGUUGUGUGUUUGUGUUCCUGUGAUUUAGUCAGUGUGUGUUUUUGGGAUUGGGGGGUGGUGUGGGGGAGGAGGGGUCUGGGGGCUGUUGAAUUCCGGGUGGUCCUGGCCUGUUCUCUAACCUCUCCAUCAAUGACACUGCCAGAGGCGCCCCUAAAAUGUCCAGGGCCUGCUCAGCCUAAUUGACUGAACAACAGGGUGUUGCUACACCACGGCCCCCUGCACCAAAUACUGCAACAUUUACCCCCCUCCCAACCAACCCCCUUCUGUCCCUCCCCAUCCAUGUUCCAAGUUCUCAGCCCGGCCCAGUUAUCAGAGUGCGACUGGACCUGAUUAGCCUGCCGUAACCUGGAAAGCACUGACUUAUGGAGCGGCUCCCAGAAAACCCAAAUUACAAUCUAGACCCGUGUACUUCCCACACAUUCUGCCCCACAGCCCAGCUCAACACAGCCCAGCACAAACCCCCCACACAACUCCUUUUAAGUUUAAAGCACAGAAAGAGCACAAUUCAAAGAUAUCCCAGAAAAAAGGCUAACCGAGUCUGUAACAGAGCAGAGGUUAAUGUAACCUAUCAUUAUAAAAGCAUUACUUAUAAUAACUGCAAUAAAUGUCUCGAAAUAGCCUGGAGGAUAACAACAACCACUGUCUUUAAGUUCUACACUCAAAAGCCCUUUGAUUUCAUCAUAUCAAAGCUCCAAAUUCCCAUUCAAUUUGAAUGUUAUUAAUCUUAAUGAAUUCAAAAGUAACAUCUUUUUUUCUACGGACUGGCUGCGAUUCCGGAUUUUCUGAACCUGGAAGUUUUCUGCGCAUGUUUGGGAUCCUCUGCGCGCUUUCCCAUCAGAGUCCUUUCAGCUACUGCUCAGUGCUCAUUCUCUCUGUGACUCCGUUGCUGCUUCUUUGAACAAACUUAGUUCUGUUGUAGCAAUAAUCAAAGCAGACAUAAGCACGACACAACAGGCAGUCUAGCGAUUUCAUGUUCUUUUUUCAGGAGGGGAGUUAGCCUUCAUGCAGCUAUUUAGUUAAGUUAUAUGUUAUAAGUUAUAUGUACACAGCAUAUCAACAAGCAAGACGCAGACAGGCAGUCAAUAGUGAUUUAAAGUGCAAACAUUAGCUAUUGUAGUUAUUUUUUCAGCAACUCUGACUAUAUGCCAGCAUAACUAUAAAGAUUACAUCACACAGAAGGCGGAGUUUUGCCCCAAUGCAAUGUGUAGAGACUGCGUCUUGCUUGUGCUAUGGCAAUAUCUGUAACAACAUCUUUCAUAUGCAGUACCAGUCAAAAGGUGACUACCUCAUGAAGGUUGUUGAGAGAAUGCCAAGAGUGUGCCAAGCUGUCAUCAAGGCAAAGGUUGGAUACUUUGAAGAAUCUCAAAUACAAAAUAUAUUUUGAUUUGUUUAACACUUUUUUGGUUACUACAAUGUCCCAUAUGUGUUAGUUUAGUUUUGAUGUCUUCACUAUUAUUCUACAAUGUUGUCUGUCUGUGUGCGGUGUCUACCAAUUUGUGUAGCCGUUAGCUAAUGAAAACAGUCUCUGGUAGAUAGAAAGGCUUUCCCAAAAACCUUCAAUUUGAUUUGACUUAAAUGUUAGCCCAAAAAGUAUCCUAUGCUUAACUGGCAGAAUGAUAUCAUGAUUAUUAUUAUCAAUCCAGUGGGUAUUUGGUUUGCAAACUCAUGUGUGCUACAAUAACACUGCUAAACACAGCCUCUUGCUUCGUGCUCAAUUGAAUUAAAGGGUAAAAAAAAAAUCUAAAUUCUCAGCUUUUUUCCAGACCUCAAAAGUGGUGACCUGAUGUGGUUUAAACAUUGUUGUGCACUUAGAACAUCUAGUGUGGUUUUUGUGUAAUUUUGAGAGUGGAAACCUGACAUAACUGGGAAAAACAGAAACCUGGGAAUAUGUGGGCUAUUUACUUAUUUUUUUCUGUUUUAAUAAAAUAAAUUUAACAUUUAUUUUUUGAUAAAAUAC